AUGCGAUCUACCAUUGUUAUCCUCGCUCUCACAACAGCCCAUUUGGCUGCCGCUCACUUCGAGCUUCAAUACCCUUACUGGCGCGGCAACUCCUUCCUCCCGCCAGCUUCUCAGUAUCUGUUUCCAUGUGCAAACGUCAACACAACCGAAGAAUCCAACGCCAACCGCACGCUAUGGCCGUUGGACGGCGGCUCGCUCGUAAUCGACUUCCACCACCCAUGGACAUACGUGUCGUUCAACCUGGGCCUCGGCUCCAAUAUCACGACGUUCAAUAUCUCUCUGAACCCUAUGCUGCUCAACGAGACGGGCAACGGAACGAUAUGCAUCCCCAAAUGGACCCUACCUGCUGACCUCGACAUCACGGAUGGUACCGAGGCAAGCCUCCAGGUCAUCACCAUUGGAGACAGUGGCACUGCUUUGUACAAUUGCGCCGACAUCACCUUCAGCAGCAACGCGACAGUCCUCUCCGGCGACGCAUGCCAAAACACCACUGGCCUCGAUCUGUAUCCUCUUGUCCAGCAAGACGCAGACGGGUCUCUCGCUGACGCUACAGCCACAGUCACAGUCACGGCCAAUGCCGCGAUCGCGACCUCGACCAAUUCUGGCAUGAGUGUCAACGCCGACAUGAGCCGUAGGCUGGGCCUCGCGUGGACUGUACCGCUUUGCUUGGCUUUGGCAAUUGCGCUGCUGUGGUAA